AUGGGAAAUCGCAACCAUACCAAGAUUCGCCAGAAGCAGCCUAGUCUCUUUUUCUCUUCGGUCAACGUCACUUUGAUGGAAAAGCUAGAAACCCCCACUAAAGUUAGCGCCGGGAAGCUACAGACUUUUGAGCGGCUGCACGCCGAAGGCUUCGCUUACCUCGCUGACAACUCAUACAUUCGUUCAGUUGGAUCCUUCAUUUUCAUCAUGCUUAUGGGCUACCUGGCGCUUUCGGGUCAUGCGCUUUCUCCAUCGGCUGAUACAGUCUCGCUGUCUGGUUCAAGUAUUCCGCACUCAAUGUGCAACAGUGAUCAGCAGUGGAUGAAGGAGGGCCGCCACACCCCGCGCUUGCUGCUUGCCACCGGUCUACCCGAACUUUGUCCUUUACCCACGGAAUGUGUGGCUUCUGCCAGAUAUUACGAGGUGGCGAACGUUAUCUUUGACCGUAGUCUUCAACGACUUCCUAGCCUUGAGCACUUCCAAGCUCUUGUUGAAGAAAACAUUGGUGGUUUUUCGGGUUCUGUGGGCACCCAAAUGGAGCAGCUUCGAAGGGAACUAGGUGCGCUGUCGGCGCGACUGGGAGGACAGAUGCGCGACGCACAUUCGGGGCAGAUACUUUUCCUGCAGAAGCAGCUGGGUAAUCGUGUUGAGGCGUUUUCAGUUUUUUUGCAGGAUGUGGCCAGCCAAGUGGGAGCAGAUAUGCCUGUGAAAUUUGCGCUUGAGGAGUUAAAUAGCGUGGCGGAUAGUGUACGGAAGGGCUUGCGCAUUUUGUCUACAGCUGAGGGUCCUCACGACGUUCCUCAUUGGCCCAUCUUCGCUUUCAUGGCUAGCGCUGUCAUCUGCCUCACUUGUAGCGCCAUUUUCCAUCUGAUGUUUGUGGUCAACCGCCCAACUUACAUGUUCCUGUCGCGUGUGGACUACGCCGGCAUCACAAUUCUGAUUGCCGGAUCUUUUUACCCCCUGGUAUACUAUUCGUUUUAUUGUCAUCCGUGGCUGCGCAGCGUUUAUCUCGUAUCUAUCUCGACGAUGGCUGCACUUACGUUUGUUGUGGCGCUUCUUCCAAUUUUUGGCACCCCGAGAUUUCUCGUGGCUCGCACUUGUAUCUUCUUGGCGCUUGGCUUCUUCGGUGUGGUUCCUGUGACGCACCUGGUGUGGCAUUUUGGCCUUUUCGACCCUCAUGUCACGGUAAUGAUUGGCCCACUACUGCUAAUGGGGUUGCUGUACACAAGCGGAGCUAUAAUUUACGCUACCAAGUUUCCCGAACGUUUUUUCCCCGGUCGAUUUGACUUGUGGUUCUCUAGCCACCAGCUUUGGCACAUUUGCGUUGUGGCUGCAGCACUGGUUCACUUUGCCAACGCCUUGCAGCAUUAUGAAUGGCGUUGGAACACACAGUGCGAAUUAUGA